AUGGGUCGGCGGCCUGUGCCAACCGAGGACUGGAGUUUGCCGCGCUCGUCGCGCUCGUCGCGCUCGGCUUCGCUGCUUGAGGACUUCGCGCCGGUGCCAACCGAGGCACUGACGCAGGCAGUGCCUACUGUGCCCACCGUACCCAUGCCCACAGGGCGCAUGAGGCCACGCAGCCUGGAGGAUUGGGUGGCUGUGGCUGAGCGGUGCGAAAAGGCAUCCAAGAACAGAAGUCGACCAGUUUCCGAAGAGAUCUUGCCGCCUACGCAGAAGUUGGCUGAGGAGAAUCUUGCCGCCUACGCAGAAGUUGGCUGA